GACAGGUCUCCUAGCAGAGGUGCUUGUGGCAGGAUGGCAGACGGGUCUCCUAGCAGAGGUGCUUGUGGGAGGACGGCAGGCAGGUCCCCGAGCAGAUCUACUGGCAAUAGAACUAUCAACAGACCUUCCAAGUUAUCCGAUGACCAGCAAACUGACCAGGCUGAUCGACCUCGCUCCAAAGAGGUCAACGGAAGGCACCGUAGACCUUGUAGUAGAUGCAACGGAAGGACCAGCAAGGCCAAGGCAAGGAAUUCUGACCACCAAUACUUGGAUGAUGGAGGCAGACAUGUGAACCAUCGAAAGGGAAGCAAGCGAAAUCGAAGAUCGCGCGAGCAUCGCCACGAAAGUAUUAACGGAUACGACAUUCGCACCUCUGGUAUGAGAGCAAGAUCAAGUAGAUCUCUGUCCUAUGACCAUAAUUUCAGUCGGGAUAGUCGUGAAGAAUACCUUGAACAACGUCCACGGUCGAGUCGACGAAAAAGUCGUGACGAAUACCCUGAACGACGUCCAAGGGAGCGUCGACGGAAAAGUCGUGAAGAAAACCUAGAACGACGUCCAAGGGAGAGUGGACGAAAAAGUCGUGUCCGUACCGCGUCCACAACAAACCAAUACCGAACCCGUCGCACUGCAGAACAAUCUCUAUCAUCGCAACAACCUCUAUCAUCGCAACAACCUCUACCAUCGCAACAACCUCUACCACCUACCACUCGUCACGGGCGCAACAUGCCUGAGGUGGUCCCCCCAACCAGCACCCAGAACCCCAGCAGAUGCAGCGGCGUGUGCAGGUACUGCGUCAGCACGUCCUACGACCCGCACCAUCCAUUCUCGGCAAAUGACAGGAUAGUGUGCCCAACUUUGCGGCGGUAUAUCUGUUUGCUGUGCCGGGAGAAGGGCAAACAUUCCUUCAAAUAUUGCCCCUACAACGUGGUCACCCAUGGCAACCCGCGGGCCGUCCACAUGCCCCCGGGGCCUGCGAGCCGAGAACACGUCGAGGAUGUGCUCAGGACAAUGAGCCGCGAAAUGCCGGACGUAUGCCGGUAUUGCUUGAAGCGCGAGUUGGACUACUGGCACAAGACAACGGAAAAUGGUAAAACCUUGUGUCCGGAGCUCCGAAAGCUGACAUGCCCAUAUUGUAAGGCAACAGCAGACUUCGCUCACACCAUCGCCUACUGUCCGCAGCGUAAUGGUCGGCAAACUAUAGUGGUAAUUCCUGAAGACGUCAUUUCUGCAACUGCACUAGGUACAGAAACUGACUCUAAUGAUGCCAACUCUGAACUA